GCUCAGGGCAAGAGGGCCAGAGCAGCAGGUUCGCAGCGGCUGCAGCGGGCCCCGGAGCACAAAGAAGGACCGCCGGAGCCGUCCAGCCAUGACCGCAGCCAUGAGGCAGCGUUUCGAUCGGUUCCUGCACGAGAAGAACCUCAUGACCGACCUACUGGCGAAAGCCGAGGCCAAGACCGGCGUCAACAGGACUUACAUCGCCCUCGGUGCCAUUGGGCUUCUGGCCGUCUACCUGGUGAUCGGCUACGGAGCCUCCCUCCUCUGCAACCUGAUCGGAUUCGGUUACCCUGCCUACAUUUCAAUCAAGGCUAUCGAGAGCCCCAACAAAGAUGAUGAUACACAGUGGCUGACCUACUGGGUGGUGUACGGUGUCUUCAGCAUUGUUGAAUUCUUCUCUGACCUCUUCCUGUCCUGGUUCCCGUUCUACUACAUGCUGAAGUGUGGCUUCCUGCUGUGGUGUAUGGCCCCCAGCCCAUCAAACGGCGCCGAGCUUCUCUACAGGCGCAUCAUCCGCCCUUUCUUCUUGAAGCACGAGUCGCAAAUGGACAGCGUAGUGAAGGAUCUGAAGGACAAAGCCAAAGAGACCGCGGAUGCCAUAACUAAAGAAGCCAAGAAAGCUACUGUGAACUUGCUGGGGGAUGAGAAGAAGAGCACCUAAAACAUUAAACUGGAUGAAGUCCCCCUGCUCCCACUUCGAUCUUCCUGUUACAUCUUGAUGUUAUACUGGGGACUGUGGUAAUAAUAAUAAUAAUGUUGCCUUGAGAACAUUUUUGGUAUAUUGCAAAAAGAAUGUGUUGUAAGUUUUUGCUUACUUGUCUGCUGUUGUCUCAGCAGUUAAUAAUUUUUAUUUAAAUUGAAUGCAGUGGGCAGUGUCCAAAGCUUAUUGAAGGCAAGGACACUUUCUGUCUUAUCCUGCCAGGAAUAUAAACAAAUAAAAUUCUAUAUCCCACAGGCUGUGCAUUUUUUUUGUACUGUGUUGUUUAUCUCUGCAUGCAUUCCCUUGGUAUUUUACAAGUCUGAAACUGUCUGUGGUCCUUUCUGUAUCGUAUAACUUUUGUAAGAAAAUCAUUUUGAGUGAUCGACUGCCUCUAUGUAUUUAGGGGGAUGUUGCCAAGGGAAGUGAAUUUUCGCACACCAACACCAAAGAUGCUGGUCAUUCAGAGACUGGCCAAGGUGAAUCAGAGCAGCCUGGUGUCAGUGGUUGAGAUUUUCCUGGUGUGACAUUUCCUGUCAAGAUUGUAAGCUCCUCGAGGGCAAGGAACGUGUCUACCAACUCUGUUAUAUUGUACUCUGCCCACAGUAAGCGCCCAGUAAAUGGGACUGAAGAAUCGAUUGGUUGACUGAGGAAUAGCUACAAGAAAUACACAAGAGUUAAGUGAAAAUUAUGAGCUUUGCUGUAGCAAUGACCUAUGACUGGUUGAAUGCUGAGGGGCCUCUGUAAAAUGAGGAAGCGGGAGCUUUCGACUGCGUCUCUUACUUAAGGCCUCUUUCCCGGAGAACUGAGUGUUUUCCGUGUUCCAAAGCAAGUCUCUCAUUUGCCUGAGUUGCAUAUGCUCUGGUCUCCCAGCUGUUUUCAAGUGUUGGCUUGGAUACCUCCCAAUACAAAUGAACAGUCCAAGCAUGCAAAUUGGAAAAUGCUUAAAAACUAGUCUUUCUCUGUCCUAAAUAAUGUCCAACUAGGAGAGCAUUAAUUAUGAUUGAAUGCCAUUUUUUACUACCUUCCCAGUGGCAAAUUGAAAAAUCUGACAUAUGAUCAUCUAAUGGAAUACUGCAUUUGUAUAUAGAGUAUUAUUUCAUUAGCUGCUUUGUGUUCCCGUUUAUCUCCCUAGAAUGCAUUUCAUAUGAAACGCAAAUGUUAAGAAACUUAGCCUCCAGGAAGCAUCUUGAGGGUUACACCCACGAUAGUUUCUGUUAGCUUAAAACUGCUCAAAGAAAGAGAUUUCACUGACUUGGAAGAGCCUUCUUCUGAGAACUGAGCAGUUACUUAGGAUUAGGGUAAUUGAGUCCCUGCAAAGAGUAAAAUGUUGCCAAUGCUUGCUUGAACAAAAGUAGUUGUAUUUUUCCCAACUGGUUUAUCCUGUAAUGGACAACUCUCAGGAUUAUCGACAAGCAAUAUCAAACGAUGAAUUGUUCAAAGCUGAAAACACCUACUACCCCUAAAAUUUUGGUCCUCUUGAUAAUUACAAUCUUGAGCCAAUAAAAAGCUAGUGUAUUGUAUUCUGUGAGGUGCAGAGUGCACACUGAUGCCAUUGGAAAAGAGAGUAAACCUUAUUUGAUAGAAAAUAUCUCUAGAGUAAAUUCCGAACAAUGUUUUGGGGGUGGCUUCGCUUUGUGGAAAUGGUUUCAAGAUAACAUGAAACUGUCCUGUAUUUUUACUUGGAACAUGCAGUUCUUCAAAGGAAAGUACUAUAGUUCAGACCAUCAAAGGCACUGGUUUUCUCAAAGAAAUGGAUGAAAAUGAAUAUAACCAUUAGAUAAUAUAUCAUACCUGUACUGAUGAUGUGAUGUACUGAUUAGAAGUAGAUGCAAAUAAAAAGCAGUAUAAUACUUUUA